AUGCCUCACGACUAUCCGGCCACCGCCGGGCUCUCCGGUGUCACGAUGGACGUCUCCGCCCUCGUCUCGCAGAUGAACGAGACGCUGUCCACCAUCCACAGCACCAUCGCCUCGCUCAAGACCACGGGCCACGACUCGCGGCUCGACGACCUUGAGCGGCAGCGCGACCUUGCCAUCUCGUCCCUGCAUAAGGCCUUCGACCAGGAGGACACAGUGCUCUCGCAGAGGCGCCAGGCCGAGCGGGACGAGAUAGCUCAGCGCAGGAGGAGGGAGGAUGAGGAGCUCGAGCGGAGGCGGCGGCUGGAGGACGAGGAGCUGGCCGAGAAGCAGAUAAGGGAGGACGAUGAACGGCGGGCGAGGCUGGAAGGCAAGGCGCGGGGUGUGGAAGAGGAAACUGACGAGCAGAUGGGUGUUGUUGAGGAGGAGGCCCAGAGGAUGCUGGACGAGGGGAGGGACAAGUUGCGGCUGCUGGAGGAGAAGCGACAGGAGCUCAAUCGUCUCAUUGACGAGCAGCUCAAGAUUGCUCUUCCGGCUGCCCCGAAGCGGAGGAGGAGCAUGCGCGCCAGCGCGCACACGCCGCCCCCUGUGGCCGCAGAAAGUAAGCCACCGGCGCCUGCUCUGGCUGACGAACAUGUCGGUAACAACCUUGCUGUCAAGGCCCCUGAAGAGAAUGGCAACCCGGAUGGCAAAGUGCCAAGGCUUGAGAAGCGGCUGGCACUGGCGGAGUGGCUCCGGCGAAACGAAGCUACCCGGAAGGACCAAGAAAAGGGACGUCCACAUCUUGAGGACGCCCGGAACCAUAGUCCAGUUCGUGGUGGAUCAACGUCGGUGUUGACUACGGAAGAGGAUGGUCAAUCUACAGGAUCGCUUCCGGUUUUGGAAGAGAUGCCAGAGUCAGAAUCUUCCCAAGACCCCAAACCGGAGCAUGCCGACCUCUCGCACAGGGCUGAGACCCCUCUUUCCAAAGACCAGACACCCGAACCCAAGUCCCUCUUUGGGUCUUGGGGGAAGACGAUGCGCAGUCUUGUCAGCAGCCAGCCGAGCUCUAGCAGAACUGCCCUCCCGGAUGGCCAAGGACACCCGCCAGGCGUCCCGGAUCUGGACCACGACCGGAGCGUAUCAGCUCCUGGUAGCUACCCUACGGAGGAAGAACCCACCGUCACUGGACCCAUCCCCGAAUUGCAGACUAGCCCGGAGGUUUCGCCUGCCGAGACAUUGGGUGAGAAGGCAAUUGAGCAAGGACGCGCAGACGUCGAUAUCGAGAUGGACGCAUCUGAGAUUGGGAAUGGCAACGACAUCGCGGGCCAAGCUGUUGAUGCGACACUGGCUACAGGUGAUCAAGAGGCUUUUGUCGAGGAUGGGGAUCUCCCAGUCAAAGACGACCAUCACGUCACGCCUGUUACUGAAAAGCAUGAAGAAGUCGAAGAAGCGAUCUGCUCCGCCGAUGAAACGCUUAGCGAGAAGUCUACCAUCAGCGAGGAGACAGCCCGCCAGGAAAGGCUGUUUGGUAUGUCGGGGAACGAGGCCAUACCGGGCACCAUGACACACGGCUCCGCUGAUUCGGGGAGCGAUAUCGUCGAGCCCAUUCCGGGGACCAUGACCCAUAGGAAUGACUUCCCUACCUUGGCACAGGAGAUACCUUCUAGGGCCACAGACCAUGCAGAUCCGAGAUAUUGUUCGGCUGAUGGUCACUCCAACGAGGCAUUUGCUCCAGCUCGAGAGACGGUCGAUGUCCAGGAACUGGUGGGGUCGCCUACGACUCAUUCUUUGAGCCACGGAGUGUCAAUUGAGGACCUCCCCGGUUCGCUUGCAUGCGAGACACUUGAUUCUAUGGCUGAAGCCUCGCCCAGAUUCCCCGAGAAGGUUGAACAUAUGUUUGCUGAGCCUUCUGAGCCCGCUGGCCAUCUUAUAAGUGCCAUGGAGUCUGACGGUCAACCUACCACUAAUGACAACAAGAUGGAAGUCCUGCAGCCAGAGGAUCUGUCCCCUGCCGAAAUACUCAUUGAAGAGACGAGUGAAGUAGCCGAGGCCACUUCAUCAGAACCCUCUUCACCGGUCGAGCAUACUCUCUACGCCCAGGAUUCCCCAAGCGAAGACACUCUGUCUGGCUUGGAACCGGAGAGCUUGCAUCCAGACAUGGUCCGAGAAGUGCCUGAUCUAGCGCCCGAGACACAGCUAGCAGACGAAACAGGCGGCGGGCUUGUGGACCAAAGUGCCCUUGUCAUAGAUGGGGACCACAGUGAAGAAGAAAUCGAACAUGGGUCUGAGCCAUAUCAACCUGAUGAGGUGGACCAGGACGGCCCUACAGAUCAGGCCCAUGAAGAAAUCGAGCUGGUAAUACACCAGCGCCCCGACGACCCGGCUGAACAGAUGCCGCAGCCGGAGCCGGAGCCGCAGGAGAGUUACCAGUCGAGUUGCGAUGAAUCAUCCGUCUCGUCUGCUUCGGAUGGUGCCGAGACAUACUCAGACCUAGACACCACGGUAGAGCUAUUGCCGCUUCCGAGCACACAGGUUGCGUCAGCUGAACAUCACGAGCCCGCCAAAGCGACUUCGGAGCCCGAGGCCGAAGCCGAGCCGGAACCUGAGCCCGCGGCCGAUCCCAAGGCCGGCCAUGAGGAGGAUGACCCCGAACCCAAGCCUACUGACUCGACCGCCUGUAUCGGCAAUCCAGCCAGUGACAGCGACGGGGAGGUGCCAAGGGCGGAAGCCUGCGAUGAAGCCGAGCCAGGGUCUCGACAAGUCGGCAGCCAGGAUAUCGUCGAUCGUGUCGUGGAAGAGCCCGAACUUGGCGUCGCAGGUGUUGGCGAAGAGGAGGUCCCCCUCGAAGACGUGCAGCAUGUUCGAGCUGACCAGACGCCUGGGUCAUUGCAGGCUGGGGAAGUUGAGGGGAGACUGGAUCAUGCCCCAGAGAGCGUGCCUUACUCCCCAGAGGCCAUGCAUUACUCAGCCAGUGAAGAGAUUGGUUAUCAUGGCGACGGGGUUGUGGAAAACCAACCUAAUGUUGCGCCGUCGGGUGAUGAACAUGAGCCUCCGGAAGAGGUAGACAUGGAUGGCGUGAGCGUUUCGGAUCAUCCCCCUAUUGAAGACAAUGGGUGUGAUGUGGUCGGGGGCGGCGAAUGGAUCGAAACUAGCCAACACUUUGAGCCGCCUGGAAACCAGGGCGAUGAUCCAUCCCACCUAUGUCCAGCUUUUGUGGACGGAGAUCUAGAUAAUGGCGAGGAACGCAGGGUGGACGACCAAAGCGAGUCACAUAUGACUACCUACGGCCAGGUCGAAGAGUUCUCUCGGUUGCUCCGCGAGAGAGACACGGGCCAAAGCCCCCUUGGACUGGUCGACAGUAACGCCGAUUCUGGGUCUCAACCUUUUGUCACGCCGCUUGCCUCGGCUGGUUUCCGGUCGCCGCCAUUGAACUCUGAGGACGAAUUGAUCGACGCCGAGGAGGAAUCAAGCCAGGCUGAUGAGUAUAACAGCCACUAUGAGCUCGAGGACGACCAUACAACAACGGUCCAUGGCCAGGAUGAUCUGUUUGAUGACGAUGAUCACAGCGACGAGCACGCUGAGCAUACGUCGGAUGACGAGCGUGAAGCUCUUGGCCAUGACUUCCAUGACGACGGGGACCCGUCGGUUAAGGAGCACGUUAUCACGAGCCACCUUGGCUAUGUUGAUGAUGAGCCCAUAACUGCGGUGCCCGCGGGGCCGGAACAACGGUCGACAAGCGGUCCGGGGGAGUCCCAGGGAGAUGAAGGACAUCUGACCAUUUCAACGGCAGAGUGGGCAGACGACCCUAUCGAUUCAUAUUCUGAUCUGGCUGCGAUGGAGUUUCAUCCGAGGGCCGAAGAGGGCCACGCUGACGAGGCGCGAGGUGACCAUAUUAUGGAUAGCCCGACGGUGGGAAACCCACCAACGCCUCAUUUCCGGCCAACCAGGGCACCACUUACGCCGGAAGCAGUCUCGCUGGCACUCAGAUAUAGCACACCCUACCAAGAAGAAGGAGGCCUCGCCAACAGCCGCCACAACCCAGACCGGCCAAGGACCCCUCAGCGAAACGUGACUCGAGACGCCGUCGACGAGGGACUCGAAGCCGAGUCGUUCGUGAUCCGCGACGUGACCAACGUCCCGUGGCACUCGCGCAAUGACUCGAUCCCGCGCUCCCUCCACAGCCAGAGCACCAUCUCGUCGUCACCGCUGUCGUCGACCCACUCCCCGCUCCGAAGCGACAGCCACGAGCCCGCCAUCCACGACGGCUCGCCCGCCCACGCUCACAGCCACCUCCUCAGCGGCAUGGCGGGCCGCCCUCGCAACGACUCCCAGCCCACGACCUACGACCACUUCGGUGGUGUUGGCGGCUACGACGCCAAGGCCGUCGCCGCGCAGUGGCUCCGCCGGGAGUCCUCCGACGCGUCCCCGGCCCCGCCGGCCCGGGCCCCGUCACCGUCGCCCCAGCCUGGCAGCCUGUUCCAGAAGAUGCGCAGCAUCUUCGAGCAGCAGCAGACCGACGGCGCCAACGACCGCCCCCCGCCGCCUCUCCCGCUGCCGCUGUCGCCGCAGCCCCGCCUCACGACGUGGUCCGGCAAGGGCAACCCGGUGCGGUCGCGGCCCAUCAGCGGCGUGUCGUACAUACCCGUCCGGCUGACGGGCCCGCCGAGGGAUCUGGGCCGUGCCGCGGCCCACGUCGGGCUGGUGGACGGGGAAUACGGUGACUAUGGGUACAGGAUGAGGGUGGUCCCGGAUGGGGGGGACGACGAGGGCGAUGAGAGGAGCGGCUCUUGGCAUGAGGAAACGGCUCAGGAGGAUCGCAAAGGGAAGGGCGUGUUGCUGACUGGGAGUUUGGGGGAGAGGAGUUCGGGGAUUGGUCAGGCGCGGACUGUUAGUGUAGCGACUGUUAGUGCGGCGACUGUUAGUGCGGCAACUGUUAGUGCGGCGACUGUUAGUGCGGCGACUGUUGGUGAGGUGCAGACGACGGCAGGAAGAAGAUGCGACGGCACCCGGGCCGAGGUUGAGGACAGGCGGGUGAGCGUCCUCUCGGUGCGGACGGAGGUGUCCAUCGACGACGCGUCGUCGACGACGGAUGACUCGGACUCGGAGACGGCGCUGACGUCGGAGUGCACGGAGCAGCACGACGUCGCGUGGCCGGACGCGCCAAAGAAGCGCGGCCGCGUCGUCGCCGAGGCGGGCGGCGACUUCCGUCUCGCGUGGGUGUGGGUCGAGGGCUGGAGGGCGCGCCUCCGCAAGAGCGGCGACGUGGUGGAAAAGGCGCGGUGGGAGUUCCGGCUCGACGACGCCAUGCUGGGCCGCGCGCCCAACAGGAUGCCCGUCAUCGUCGCCAGGGUGCCCGGCGUGUCGGCGCUCAAGGGCUCCGAGGUCCGGGUCGUCGGGCCCGGCGAGGUUAGACGAAAAUCGGUGCAUUGGGCUUAG